AUGGUAGUUGCAAUCACGAAGUACUUUGACUGGACACUGGACCUACUGGACGUGGUGACAGCUUUGCUAUGCGAAGAGAUGAAGGAAAAGGUAUUCUGCGCGAUCCCAGAAGGGGUCGAAGUUGAUGAAGACUUUGACUGCUUCGAAUAG